AUGGAUCGGUUCAACAAGGCUGCCUUGGAGAUUCGGGAUCUUAAUCCUGCUGUUGCACUACAUCAUCUCACGACAGCCUUAAAGCCCGGGCCGUUUGUUAAUAGCAUAUGCAAAAAACCUCCUUCGGACAUGAAUGAUUUACGGAGGCGGGCCGAUAAGUACAUGCAAAUGGAAGAAUUGGCUGAAUAUCGUAAUCAGGCCCGAGCUGAACCAUCGAACAAGCCAGAGAAGCAGGCAGAACAGCCAUACAGGGGGCGAGGCAAAGACAUAUCUCUUCGGGAUCGGCCUACUCGGGGUCCGAAGUACACUCACUAUACUCCACUCAAUACAAGUCGUGCCGCGGUGCUUGAGCAAGCUUUGGCUUCAGAAGUGCUAGUAGUCCCGAAAAGAGCGUCCACUCCACCACGGGCGGAUACUAGCAAGUCUUGUCGGUAUCAUCGCAAUCGUGGACAUUCUACUGACGAGUGUGCGGCCCUCAAGGACAAAAUUGAAAAUUUAAUUAAACAGGGCAAAUUACAUAAUUUUGUGGAUCGUCCAGGCUCGUCCCAAUCUCGUUCAUAUCAACCUCGAUAUCAGGAUUGGUGCGGUCAGGAUAGUUCUGAUAGACCUCGACGCGAACAAAGCAGGUCACGUGAAAGGAAAGAUGAUUCGGCACCUUCGCAUAGGAGGGUUAUUAAUACAAUCGCAGGCGGAUUUGCAGGUGGGGGCACAACUUCUUCAGCCCAAAAAAGACAUCUACGAGCCGUCCGAUCGAUCAAUGCCAUUGAUAGACAACCCUCCCGACGACUGCCAACAAUAACUUUCACUGAUGCUGAUUUCCAAGGCAUUGAUCCGGUGCAAGACGAUCCAAUGGUCAUCAGUGUAGAAAUUCACAAUUGCAUCGUUAAGAAAACACUGAUUGACCAGGGCAGUUCGGCGGAUAUCCUAUAUUGGAAUACCUUCAAGCAGCUGGGCAUUUCGGAAAAAGAGUUAAUCCCUUAUGAUGAUCCAUUGGUCGGUUUCGCAGGUGAGAGGGUAAGCACCAAAGGGUAUAUUAAACUUUUCACUCGCUUUUGUUUUGACCAACAGGAAAGCAGGGAAAUUCAGAUAAAAUAUAUCGUGGUUAAUGCUAACACCUCCUAUAACAUUCUCCUCGGUCAGCCAUCCUUGAACAUGUUGGGGGCAAUUGUCUCAACACCGCACCUAGCGAUGAAGUUUCCGUUUGACAAGGGGAAGAUCGUCACAAUACACGCCGAUCAGAAGGCUGCCCGAGAGUGCUACUAUGCCAUUUUACGAGUUGCGCCGAUCCAAGAGAGGAAUUCGAAAUCCAAGAGGAUUCAUGCGGUUAACCCUUCGGUAGGGGUUGAGGAGUCAAUUUGGGAUCUUGACCCGAGAAUGAAAGACGAGGAGCGUGUAGAACCAGUUGAAUCAAAAAGGCAGUUGCAAAUCGGAUUACACCCAACUCAGGUUACAUAUAUUGGUGCUGAUAUAUCUGAAGCAGAUCGUUCCAUCCUGAGCCAGGUGAUAAUAAAAAACAAGGAUCUUUUUGCAUGGACACCUUCUGACAUGCCAGGCAUUGACCCCAAGGUCAUGUGUCAUAAAUUAUCAAUUUGUGCCGAAGCAAGACCGGUAGCCCAACGUAAAAGAAAAAUGGGAACGGAACGGAAGCUAGCAGUGGAAACAGAGGUAGCCAAGUUGCUUGAAGCCGGGUUCAUUCGGGAAGUUCACUACACCACUUGGUUGGCAAAUGUGGUAAUGGUGAAAAAGCCAAACGGAAAAUGGAGAAUAUGUACUGAUUACACUAAUCUCAAUAAAGCCUGCCCUAAGGAUGCUUAUCCACUCCCGAACAUAGAUCGGUUAGUUGACGGUGCCUUCGGUCACGGAGUCUUGACCUUUCUCGAUGCUUAUUCGGGGUAUAAUCAAAUCCCCAUGCAUCCCCGUGAUGAAGAAAAAACAGCCUUCAUAACUGACUCGGCCAAUUAUUGCUACCAAGUAAUGCCCUUCGGGUUGAAAAACGCAGGGGGAAAGUUCCUCGGCUUUAUGCUAUCGGCAAGAGGCAUUGAAGCCAAUCCCGAUAAGUGCAUGGCAGUCAUCAACAUGGUCAGCCCUCGGAACCUCAAAGAAGUUCAAAAGCUUGCAGGACGGCUCACAGCUUUGUCACAAUUCCUCCCAUGUUUGGCGGAGAUAGCAAAACCUAUUGUUGGAUUAUUAAGGAAAGUGAAAAAGUUUGAAUGGUCUAUUGAAUGUGAAGAAGCAUUUCGGAUGUUGAAAGAACGUCUAGGUUCUCCCCCCGUCCUUUCAAAACCUCAUCCUCAAGUGGAUAUGAUAGUUUAUUUGUGCGUCUCAAAUGAAGCAAUCAGCGCCGUUCUGAUUCAAAAAGUAGGGGGGCAACAACCCAUUUACUUCAUCAGUCGUAUGUUACAGGAAGCCGAGACGAGGUAUCAACUCCUGGAAAAGGUGGCAUUAGGACUCGUGCACGCUGCUCGACGUCUAAGACAGUAUUUUCGUCAUCGUGUCGUAGUCCGAACUGAUUGCCCGAUUACCAAAGUUUUGCGCAAACCAGAAUUAGCAGGACGGAUGAUGGCUUGGUCUAUUGAGUUGUCAGAAUUUGACAUCAGUUUUGAAGCAAGGGGUCCAGUCAAAUCUCAAUUCUUGGCAUAUUUUGUUAAUGAAUUGCAGCCGAGGGGUCACUUUGUUAGUGAUUUGUGGACAAUGCAUGUGGACGGUUCCUCAAACAGUCAAGGUAGUGGAGCCGGUAUAAUUCUUGAAGGACCAACAGGACUGAAUCUUGAACAAUCACUACGGUUUGCGUUUAAAGCUUCGAACAAUCAAGCCGAGUAUGAAGCAUUGUUGGCAGGUUUAAGACUUGCACAAGAGAUCAGAGUCAGGCGAUUAAUAUGUUGGCCAGACCCGAAAGUUGUAGCAGAACAGGUUGAAUAUGUCUUGAGAGAGAUUCACGAAGGAAUAUGCGGUUUUCACUCGGGUGGACGAACCCUGGCCACCAAGGUGCUUCGAGCGGGGUAUUAUUGGCCAACCCUCAAGGAUGAUUGUGUAAAGUUCGCCAAGCGUUGUGUGUCAUGCCAACGGCACAGUAAUCUCAUUCAUGCUUCAGCCGAAGAGCUUCAUGGUAUUAGUUGA